CCUAGCCCAAGCGCUCCCAAUGCGACAAACAAUAACAAGGCCUCGAUUCUCAACAACUUCAACCUCACGAACCCCAGAACGAAUGUCUGCCACACCCUCACUCCCAGCUCGACAUCCACCAUGACUACAAAUACGCCUCCGAGCAAGCGCGCAAGGAUGCGACGCGACCACACCGUUCCUGAGGCGGGCUCCCUCAACGCCACGAUGUUACGAUACCCAGGUACUUCACUGUUCGUCGUGCCUAUCUGUUGGACACCAUUGCACUCACAGCUGCUGGGCGUCAGCUUCUCUCAACAACCAGACCAGCGCACUCCCAUGCCUGCAAACACUUCUUCGCCACGCAGAUCGCGGCUGUAACAAGGGCUCAUGUGAGGGCUUGGCAUAAUGAUGCUUAGAUUGCUAAUAAUCUUUUAAGGGAUACUG